UGUGUGUCUGUGUGUGUAUGGGAGCUGAGCACAGAGUGUGAACUGAGAGAGAGAGAGAGAGAGAGCGGAGAAGGGGGAGGCUCUGUUCUUUCACCCCCCCUCCCUCGCCAAACCACAGGAAGGAGGGGCCAGAUUCUAAGCUGCCAAUCAAAUCCACUCGUGGCAGCCGGCAUUAUCUCAGCAACAAACUAUUGACAGAUUACAUGUCAAGGAGUUUAGUGCUUGAUUGAAGGAAGCCUUUUUUUUUAUCUAGUUACUUUUCCGCUUCAUUUCCCCCUCCAACAACCACCAUUCGAAUGACUUUCUAACAGAGUUGAGUAAUAUUAUGAAAGUUACAUGUCUGAGAGGAUUUAACUUCGACUUCCCUGAAUAUGGAACAGGAAACAUCAGAUCAAAUGAUCAAAUAAACUCCAGAUGCACGUGGGCUGCCAUGCAUCUUGCCGCAGGAGCCAAAGUGUUCAGGGCUACUUGAUAUGGGCCAGGAGCGAGCUGAAAGGACUUUUUGCACUGAAACGACCUCAGGAAAAUCCAAGAUGGCUGCCAAAAGGAAAGGUGGCCUAAAACUCAAUGCUAUCUGUGCCAAGCUGAGCCGCCAAGUGGUGUUCGAAAGCAGCUCCCUGAACGCAGAGGGAGACCAGAGUGUGGCAGAAAACAGUGAGCGCGGCAGCUCCCACUACGAUGACAAUGAGACCAACUUCCCAGAGAGCCUGAGCCUAAGUCAGAGCCUGGAAGAGGAUCAGAAGAGACGCGAGGCCAUUGAAAAGUGGGUCAAUGGAGAGUACGGUGAUGAACCACCGGCUCCUGACGACGAGCAGGAGCAUGAACUCAAAGCCAGCACUGACGAAGAUGGCCCUCCCGAGGGGGUGUACAUGGUGCAGCCUAAAGGCUGCAGUGAUGAGGAGGACAAUUCUGAGGAGCCUGAGGUUCCUGUGGGCUCUCAGGAUGGCACUUAUCACAACGACAAAGAAGCUGAAGACAGGCCUGCAAAAGAUGACAACUACACGCCAUCAACUGAAACCCAGAGUCGCCAAGCAACUUUCUCCUCUCCAGGAGAAGCGUCUGUCCUGAGAGACUAUGCAGCCACCACCAUGAAUGAGUUUCUUGGCAUGUUUGGUUAUGAUGACCAGCAGGUAAGGGAUGAGCUGACCAAGAAGAUCAGCUUUGAGAAGCUCAAAGCUGCUACCUCAGACCCCUCAUCCCUGAGCAGUGAUGAGGCCACACGGCGGGCUCGCUUCUCUAAGUACGAAGAGUACAUUCGCAAGCUAAAAGCAGGGGAGACCCUACCGUGGCCGAUGCAUGCUUCCCCACCAAAACCGGAUGACCUCAACACAAAACUGUCUCAAGAAAAAAGUGCUGCCAUGUUUCAGACCUCUGGGUGCCCUCCAGGGACUGAGGGGCAGAUCUACCCAUCCAGCAUGGACCACAAGCAGCAAGUGGCACCUCAGCUGAGUAAUUCUAGGCCCACUAAUCCUUCUCACAUGCAGAACAUGGCCCCCCGAGCCUCCAAGUAUGACUUUUUUAUUCAGAAGUUAAAGAUGGGCGAGAGUUUACAGCAGCAGAAUGGUAAUGCAUACAAGCGACCCUCGAAGUACGACCUAGAGAAUGUCAAGUUUCUGCACCUCUUCAAGCCAGGUGAGGGCAACCCUGACAUGGGCGGUGCCAUUGCCUUUAAGACUGGCAAAGUGGGCCGCCCUUCAAAGUACGACAUCAGGCCGAUUCAAAAGCUGAUGCCCGGAAACCCUGAAGCGUCGCUGAUGCCCAACGUCCUUGCAUCAGCACCAGGGAAUCCCGGAGCUCCUGGUAUCCCUGCAGUAGGUGCAGUGGGGGCCAGCAUCGCCCCCGGACUCACCAUGGACCAGUCGGGAUCUCUAAACUUCAGUGCUGCUGACUACCUAAAAUCCAGUUUUUCCAAGACUGACUCCAUCACCACCGGGACCGUUUCCUCUGUUAAGAAUGGUCUGCCACCAGAUAAACCCACAACCGAUGAUGUCAACCUAUACCAGAAAUAUAUUGCCAGGUUCUCUGGAAGUCAACACUGUGGUCAUGUGCACUGUGCCUACCAGUACAGAGAGCAUUAUCACUGCAUGGACCCUGAUUGUAACUACCAGGUCAGCAGGUUUACCAGUAAACAGGAUGUAAUCAGGCACUACAACAUGCACAAGAAGAGGGACAACUCCCUGCAGCAUGGCUUCAUGCGCUUCAGCCCCCUGGAUGACUGCAGUGUCUACUACCAUGGCUGCCAUCUCAAUGGAAAAAGUACCCAUUACCACUGCAUGCAGGUGGGGUGCAGCAAAGUGUACACCAGCACCUCAGAUGUCAUGACCCAUGAGAACUUCCAUAAAAAGAAUGCCCAACUGAUCAACGAUGGCUUCCAGAGAUUCCGCGCCACUGAGGACUGCGGCACAGUCAGCUGUCAGUUUUAUGGACAGAAGACGACACACUUCCAUUGCAGGCGCCCAGGCUGUACGUUCACUUUCAAGAACAAAUGUGACAUUGAGAAGCACAAGAGCUAUCACAUCAAGGAUGAUGCCUAUGCCAAGGAUGGCUUCAAGAAGUUCUACAAGUAUGAGGAAUGCAAGUAUGAGGGCUGUGUGUACAGCAAAGCCACCAACCACUUUCACUGUAUUCGAUCGGGCUGUGGUUUCACUUUUACCUCCACCAGCCAGAUGACCUCCCACAAACGCAAGCACGAGCGUCGGCACAUUCGCUCUUCUGGCGUUAUGAGCCUCUCUUCCACCUUCUUGGCCCCAAAAGAUGAGCAAGAAGAAUCGAGUAACGAUGAUCUUAUGGAUUUUUCAGCCAUUAGCAGCAAGAAUUCCAGCUUGAGUGCCUCCCCCACAACCCAGCAGUCCACCACUGUACCACACCUGUUGACCACGCCCACUACCGCUGUCUCCUCCUCCUCAAUGUCUGGCCACACCCUUAAGCCAACGUCUUCGCUGCCCACCACCGGCCAGCGCAUGUCCAGCCUGCUGUCCCAGACUUUACCCAGCAACGUGCCGGUGGCCCUCGCUCUUUCCAACAAUGCCUUGGCCGCCUCCAAUCCAUUCUUCCCCCUAAUGCCCCGGCUGCCUCUUCAACAGACUCCCCCAGCCGCAAGUCUGAUUUCAGGCACCUCCUCCGGGGCCCACUCUAUGCCCACCGACUCACUGACCCAAGGCUGCUCUACUGUGGGGGGAGAUGCAACCAUGGCAUCUACCCCGACCUCUUUUGCAACCUCUUCCAUCAUGGAGAAGAUUUCUGCCAGCAAGGGGCUCAUUUCACCCAUGAUGGCCAGACUUGCAGCUGCUGCACUGAAGCCCUCCAGCAACCAAGAGACAGGGAACGGGCAGCCGACUUCAGCCAGCCAGUUUAAUCUGGUCCAAGUGAAGCAGGAACCGGUGGAAGUCAACUCUGGAGCUUCCCAAGACUCACAGGAGUACAGCCUGGACUUGAGCAAGAAAGACCACAGUAAUGAAUCAAACGGACACCCUGUACCAGGGAAUACAUCUCUUUUAUCCUCGCUUAUGAAUAAGAUGUCACAGACGAACCCUGCCCUCUUCAGUGCCAUGAACCUGAAGUCUGAGCUGGAGGGGGGUCAGGGCAACGACACCUCUGAGGCAGCCCAGUAUCUAAACAGAGUGCUGAAGAGGCCCCAGCCUGAAAAACCAACAGAGAUAUGGAGGACAUACCUCCGCAGGUUCGACACAGACGACUUCUGUGAAGCUCGCUGUGACUUUCUUAAGAAGGUGCACUUUCACUGCCUGAUUGAGGACUGUGGUGCACUCUUCAGCACUGUGGAUGGUGCCAUCAAACAUGCUAACUUCCACCUGCGAGCCACCAUGAAGGUGAAGUCAGAGCCUCCGUUCACUGACGACAAGGAGUACAGUGGGGAGGCGCCUCUGCAGCCUGUUGCCCCAGUCUCUAUGGCCAACAAUCCCUCCAUGGAUGUUACCCAUCUCCCAUCCUCUGGAGGCUAUAGCUCUCCCCCUCCCUCCCUCCUGGCCUGGAAGCAGCUGACUGGUAGCAUCCCUCAGAUGUCUGCCUCCAUGCCCAACCUGCCGGCAAAUUCUCCCCUGGCAACUACCUCCCUGGAAAAUUCGAAACCACAAGUCAAACCAGGUUUUCUGCAGUUCCAGGAAAAUGAUCCCUGUUUGGCUACUGAUUGCAAGUACUCCAACAAGUUCCACUUCCACUGCUUGUUCGGGAACUGCAAGUAUGUAUGUAAGACGUCUGGAAAGGCCGAGUCGCACUGCUUGGACCACAUCAACCCCAACAACAGCCUGGUGAACGUCCGCGACCAGUUUUCCUACUACUCUCUUCAGUGUCUCUGUCCCAACCAGCAGUGCGAGUUCAGAAUGAGGGGACACUAUCACUGCCUGCGACCCGGCUGCUUUUUCGUCACCAACAUCACCACCAAGCUGCCGUGGCACAUCAAGAAGCACGAGAAGGCAGAGCGCCGCGCCGCCAACGGCUUCAAAUAUUUCACCAAAAGAGAGGAGUGUGGGAGGCUAGGUUGCAAGUACAACCAAGUCAACAGCCACUUCCACUGCAUCCGAGACGGUUGCCAGUUCUCCUUCUUGCUGAAGCACCAGAUGACCUCGCACGCACGCAAACACAUGAGGCGGAUGUUGGGAAAGAACUUUGACAGAGUCCCAUCCCAGGUCAUGCCACUGAGUCAGAGGGGUGAUGAGAUGCAUGCAUCCAGCUAUGGGUCUGGGCCCGCAGCCGCCCAUACGGGUAUCACCUCCUGCCUCUCCUCUGCUGCACUGGAUGAAACCGACGAAUACAUGGACUAUGUGGGAGGAGGAGGCAGCCCCUUGGGCCUCUCCUCUGAGUCCUCCAAUCAGGACCGAAGCUGCACCAGCACACCUGUAGGCAACGACAGCUCUCCAGCAGGACAAGGCUACCCUGCCACCACUUCUGCUCCUACCACCCCUGCUGACUCUAGUGCUCCCCAAAAUGCACCUUCUUCCCCUCCUCCACCACCUCCUCCGCCACCACCACUUCCUUGCUCCGCUCCUCAGCCUGGCUUCCAGUCCCAGGCUCCAUCCCUGUCUCCCGCUCUUCUCCGACCUUCUCUCCCCUCACUCCCAUACCUCCUCUCUCCAUCCUGUCUGUCAUACUCUCUGCUCAGCGCCUCUCUGGGAGCCACUCGGAGUGUUGUCAUGCCAACCAACACACCAGCUUUCAGCCCCAUCAUUGCCACUCCGUCUCCAGUUAAAAAUGACGUCCCAAUAGUGCAGGAUGCUGCAGGCAACACCAUAUCCAUUCCUACAGCCACCGGUGCAAAGAAACGCUUCUGGAUCAUUGAGGACAUGUCACCUUACGGCAAACGCCGUAAGACUGCAUCUUCCCGCAAGAUGCUGGAUGAGGGGAUGAUGCUGGAAGGCUUCCGGCGCUAUGACCUGUACGAGAACUGCAAGGACUCCACCUGCCAGUUUUCUCUGAAGGUGACCCACUACCACUGCACUCGAGAGAACUGUGGCUACAAGUUCUGCGGCCGCACCCACAUGUACAAGCACGCACAGCACCACGACCGCGUGGACAACCUGGUCCUCGAUGACUUCAAGCGCUUCAAAUCCUCGCUCAGCUGCAACUUCCCCGACUGCCAGUUUUCCGGCAACAGCACUCACUUCCAUUGUCUGCGCUGCGGCUUCCGCUGCACCGACAGCACCAAGGUGACGGCGCACCGCAAGCACCACGGCAAGCAAGAUGUGAUCAGUGCUGCUGGCUUCUGCCAGUUCAGCUCCAGUGCUGACUGUGAGGUUCCUGACUGCAAAUAUAAGCUCAAGUGUUCACACUUUCACUGCACCUUCCCCGAGUGUAAGCACACGGUGGUGGGAAUGUCCCAGAUGGACUCCCACAAGAGAAAGCAUGAGAAGCAGGAGAGGGGCGAGCUGCCAUCCGUGUCACCAAAACAGGAAAGCGUGCACCAUCAUGCAGGAAGUGCACUGGUCAUCCCUCCUUCCUCCAUGGGCCUUUCUACUUCCUCACCUGGCGGCAUCCAUGGUUUAUCACACAACAUCAACAGCAACGCUCCAUCUUUGCUCUACCAGCCAGGUGGCAUCAGCUCUGACUAUAACCACUCCUACCCGCCGUCUUCCAUCAGCUUGGACAGCUCCCUCAACCUGAGCACUGACACCAACACCUCCCUGUUCUUCCUGAAGAACGCCGCCGGUCUGGGUCUUAGCGACUCGCUGGACCUCAGCAAGAAGAUGCAGCACUGCGCUGCACGGUCGGGUCACAAUCCCGCACUCUCGCUGGGUCUGCCGACAGCUCAGGACGACACCACCGGAACGUCCGGAGAGGCUGAAGACGACAUGUCGCUGGAGGAGGAGGUGCACGCAGAAGAAGAGGAUGAAGAGGAGGACGAGGAGGACGAGGAGGCAGAGGAUGAACUCAACACUGACUCAAAUGAUGAUUCAGUGGCAGAUCCUGAUGGUGAGAAGGACAACGACGAGAGUUUUGUUGCUUCCGUUAACCACACUGAUACUUCCCAAUCAGUAAAGCAAGGCGCCGGCCCUUAGAAAAAAAACUAAACAAAAAAAAAAGCAAACCCAACAGAGACUGUAUGAACUGUAGAACAAUCCUGUGUACUAUGAAUAAACAACAUGAGAGUGGCCUCCUUCAUCAUGUCUAAAGACUUAAGACAACAACAACAACAAAAAAGAAAAAAAAAGAAAACAGCAGCAUGGAGAAAAUGACGGCCCGAAAUGAUUUAUCUUGAUGUUUACAAGAUGACCAACAUUAUUAAUUCAAUUAUGCAUUAAAAAAAUAUGAACAGACACAGAGUUAGGCCCUGUUUUACAUGUGGGGCAGCAAUGUAAAGCAUUUUACUACACAUCAGUCUUUUUGAGUGUGUGCAUGUUUGACUUUAAUUUAUUUUUAUUAUUUUUUUCACUUUUCUGUGUGGAAAAAAACACAUUAGAAAAACGAAAAGAAAUCUCUCUAUAUAACUAUGUGUAAGUGUGAGAGUGUGUGUGAAUGUGUGUGUGUGUGAACAACGGUGUACAAAAGGAAAUUACUGGCACAGGUGACAGAAAAUGCAGGAUACAAAGAAAAAGGGGCAUGAAUCACUAAUGGAAACAGGAUGUGUUUCAAACCAUUUACUCAUUUAUUUCUUUGUUAUUAUUAUUAAAAUUAUUGUUUUUUUUAUUAUUAAUAUUAUUGUUAGACACUGAGAUGAGAACUUUACAUUUGAUCUGUUCCUGUCUCUGGGUUGUUUUUGUUUUUAGUUAACACAUGGAAUUGACCAGUAACUCUUUGGUCAGUCUCAGCUGCACUUAGGCGUCCAGCAAGCUGCCAGCCUCAACUGUUCUCUCUGACAUUCUCCAAAAAAUGUUCAGCUGUAGCACCACCUCCAAGCUUAGCCCUCGUCCUUUCCCUGUGUGGAGAAAUCCAGUUUGUGUGUGGAUAGUGCACUUUCACAUGAGCUGACCACGGGGGAAUACAGUGAUGAUAAAAAACUUGUGACUAUUCUCAAAAGACAGAAAAACAUUUUUUUUGUUACCAUUUGCAUCGAAAAGCUGUUUAGUUGUGUUCUUAGGCAGACGCAUUACUUUGCGCAGGCAAGGCCCCGGAUUCAUGAGUCGUGCGGGUUUUAUGGGGAGGGGGGGACUGAUGCAGUUGAUCGAACGACAAAGGGACGCAUCAGGGAGUGUGUUUUAUGUUGAAAAUGUACAGUCCAAAAAAUGACAUUUGGUUUUCCAUUCACUAUGGUUGUGGUUGAGCUCCUGUUGUAACAGUUUUUAUUUAAUAUUUAUGUGACCUUCCAAUGAGAACAUUUUAGGGUGUUUUUGCACUUUUUAGGUUCAUUUUUACCUUCAAAACAAAUUAAAAAAAACAAAAAGAACGAUAUAUAUCUUUUAACAGGGAAUUUGCUUUAAAGAUGUUUUAGUUCACUUUUGCUUUGAUGCACAAAUAGAUGCUAGUGUGACAACAAACUGUUGUUGUGUGGUUUAUUUAAAGACUGGUUUUUAUUCUGCUUUCUCUGUGAUUGGAAUGUUUGAAAUGAAAAUAAAUACAUUUUAAAAAAAAAAAAAAGAAAGGAACUGCAGUGUGCCAGAAAGAAAAAGGCGCCCAAAUAAGAAACACUAAAAUGGGCUGUGAUUUUGAAAUUAUUCUAAAGAAGUAAUUAGCUCGGUUACUGUAGUGCUAAAUUAUGAAUCUGUCAAACCACCCUCUGGUUUUUGUUAAGCAAAUAUGUAAGACUGAGGAGUGGACACACAGUUAUUAUGUCCUGAGCUUGGCAUUGGAAAUAAGUGAUCGUAAUAUAGGGAAUAAUAAUGUGUGUAGAUGAUAUUCCUCCAGAUAUUGUUUUGAGGGAAAAAAAUGGCUGUACAGUAUUUUCCUUUGUAAAAAUAUAUAUGAACAAAAUGCUCUUUGAUGAACCGCUUCCUUUAAAAAGAAAACCCUUAAAAGGCAAAAAUGAAUAAUAAAAAAAGUUUUAAAUUC